AUGGGUGUGGGACGUUUCACUAGGAAAAGAGAGUUCUGGGAAAUUAGGCGAACAUACAGCAAUAACUGUAAGAAAACCAGUCGUGAAGGAUUUUCGCUUUCAUCUCAGAGCCUGAAAAAAAUCAAAGCCAUUAGUGAUUUAUACCCUCAAGCACCUUAUCAUCUUACAGAAAGAAUCCAAACGGGACUUGGCUGCCUGCCCCGUAAAUCAAAACCCGCAGAGAUCUUGGUAUGGGCCUAA